AUGUCUAAGAUAGAUCUUAAUGCUAAAUCAGAUCAGUUUGUAUUUAGAAAUGUCGUAUAUCAUAAGAGUAAAGGUACUUAUUCUUUAGGCAAUAGGAAAGUCUCCUACUCCAGGUUAAGAGAAUUAUUUAAGGAAUCUUUGACCAAACUAGGCUAUGACCAAAGUUUGUAUGGGCUUCACAGUUUCCGUUCUGGGGGUGCUACUUCCCUCGCUCAUACUCUCGAAAAUAAUCCCUCCAAGGAGAGGCUGCUGAAAUUACACGGUCGCUGGAAAACGGAUCUGGCGAAGGAUAUGUACAUCAAAGAAUCAGUAGACCAAAGAUUAAGUUUUGUUAAGAAUCUAGGCUUAUAA